CGCAUGAUUCAAACGCGAACGAGUACAGUACGUGUGGAUCCGAUGCGAAUGAAACUCAAGCCAGGACAACUCGCUGAAACUUUAAAUUAAAGGCACCCAUGAUAUAGAAUUAGAAUGGGAUUCCGACGCAGUGAGUACGGUCGUCAGUACCGGGAACCCGCCUGGGACACGUACCAAGACUACUACAGGCAACAGGUCUCUUACAGGGCUUACCGCAGGCAACUAGAGCACCACCACAACUUUGUAGAAUGGGACUGGGAGACGGAGAGUGAAACAGGAGCAGAUGGAAGAAAGGAAGGGGCUGACAGACCGGAGCAGGUCCAAGCUGCGGGUUCAAUGCCAGAGGACCAUUGGAACAGGCAUGUGAAUGAGGGGGAAGCCAUCGCUGCUAGGGGUGUGGCUGAUAGAGAAGUGCAGACACCAGAUUGGGGCAGUGGGAAGAACAGUAAUAAGAGAAGGAGAAGUGGAUCCUCCAGAGAUAUCUCAAAACGAGAAAGACAGGUACCCGAGACGACACCCCGCCCCAAGACAAGCUUAGAGAGGGUAAGAGGAGGGGGAGGAGCAGAAGGAACAAGACCACCGUUGCUUGCCUUUGGUUGGGCCGACAGCAAGAAAGACAUGGGAUGCAAGAAGACAUUCAAUGUCAGAGCAUCAGCACAUGGAGACAACACCCAAGUCUUCCCAGCAGCCCUUCGUGCGAUGAGGAGAAACCAGUAUGCCAUCGAGUAUCGGGAGGAGCAGAAGAGGCGGGAGAAUCUCAAGAUGAGACGGUUACGCGCCGCCUUCAACAUCCCACCCCCUGAUGAUACGGCUUGGACGACCGAAUACCAGAGAAACUAUACGGCCCAGCCCCAAACGACUCGGAGAUCAGCCAGGAGAUGAUUAAAAAUUAUGAUAUUAGAACAUUGGAAUGUUCAUAGGGGAUACUGUGGGAGGUGGGGCGGGGGGGGGGGGAUAAUGAGAUAAACACCAUGCUCUGACACAAAAGCAUGUAAACAAGUUAUUUUUCACUUCUGACUGAUGUACGCAAGUACAGUUAGGGUAUUUGCCAUCAUUGCCAUAACUGCAAAGGAGAAAGGGUGUACUUUUCAUUCACCCUAUCAUGAAAACAAAAUAUUUGAGGCACUAUUCAGGCGAUGAAAUCAUGACAAAUUCUUGUUUAAUGAAAUCUAAGGUGGAUAAUUACUUGUUUGGGAUCAAGUUUGAAAGUCCAUGUACAAACAUGGUGCCUAUAGUGCCCCCAACCCACCCCACCCCUCAGUAGGGGAUAACAUAUAUUCUUUGUUGGACAUGUGUUGUCCUGGAAAGGACCGCCAAACCUCAAUGUUUCAGCAAGUUUGUCCUUGCUUUUUCAGAAGAAGAACAUAUGUGCCGAAACAGCCAUUUUGGAUGGACCCUUUUCAGGAUGAAACACAUGUCCAAGAUAGAAUACUACAGUGAAGCAUCCACAUUGCUACUUAUCCAUUCUCUGUCAUAGAAACAUUAAGAAGUUAUAUAUUUAAGGGAAUAGAU